AUGGAACUGGAGAUUUAUGCGAAUAUGCAACCAACAACAUUGUGGGAAAUAGUCAGCUUACCAACUCUUGAGAAGCGUUACGGAAAAGACAUUAUCAGUAAAACUUGUUUACAAAGAGGGGGCGGAGAAAAAUGUCGAGAAAGUGGGUCAAAUUUACAAACCAGCAGUAGAGAUGAAACCUUUGUUUGCCAACAAUGUGGAAAGAAUUUCAAAUCAAAGUGGCAUUUAAAUGUGCAUAAGCGAACUCAUACUGGUGAGAAACCUUAUGUUUGUAAACAAUGCGGAAAGUGGUUUCCGAAAUCAUCUCAUUUACAAGAGCAUAAGCGAACUCAUACAGGAACAAAACCUUAUGUUUGCAAACAAUAUGGGAAGUGUUUUUCACGAUUAUCUCAUUUACAUAGGCAUGAGCGAAUUCAUAUUGGAGAGAAGCCCUAUGUUUGUAAACAAUGUGAAAAGGGUUUUUCACAACUGUCUAGUUUACAACAGCAAUAA